AUGUCACACCAUCCCAGUUAUGUUAUGACAGCAUUAUGUACCGCAGGAGGAAUUGCUGGCUAUGCACGCUCACGCUCAGUCCCUUCCCUUGUCGCAGGUGUUGGUGUAGGAGCAAUGUAUGGUGUUGCAAGUUAUUUGAUAAAAGAAAAUAAAUAUUAUGGACAUGAAACAGGAGUAGCAGCAUCCGUUAUCUUGGCAAGUAGCAUGGUUCCAAAGGCCAUUCGAUCUAGAAAACCUAUCCCUGUAACUUUUGCAGUUUGUUCUGUAGCAACUGGUCUAUAUUAUAGUAAAAAAAUAAUUGAAUAUUGGUAA